GCGCUGGGGAGUAAGCGCACGGUCGCUCAGUCGAGGAAUUUGGGAGCGGGCUCAGGGAUCAGAGGCUGAGCUUUCUCAUUCAGGCUGUAUUGCUGGGAAGUCAGUGACCAUGCCGACCUCCUCCACCCAACUGCCAGAACCUGACUCUAUCAACUCCACCCAGCAACCCAACUCCAGCACCUACUUGUUCUCCAAGUUCAUCCACCCCGACGAAGAACUGUAUGCAGAAUUUUACAGCCUGUGGAUUGCCCUGAUAGUAGUCAACGUCAUCAUUUUCCUGGUGGGUGUUGUGCUGAACAGCUUGGCGCUGUAUGUUUUUUGCUUCCGUACCAAGACAAAAACCACCUCUGUUAUUUACACCAUCAACUUGAUUGUUACUGAUCUCUUGGUGGGCUUUUCCUUGCCUGUCCGGAUCAUCAUGUUCUAUAGUGCAGGAGACUGCCCAAAUUGUUCCUUGGUUCAUAUCUUUGGGUACUUUGUCAACAUGUACUGCAGCAUCCUCUUCUUGACAUGCAUCUGCGUUGACCGCUAUCUGGCAAUCGUACAGGUGGAGGCCUCACGUAAAUGGAGGAAUCCCACCUGUGCCAAGGGCAUCUGUGUCUUCAUUUGGAUCUUUGCCACUGUGGUGACUUUCUCCAUCCUGACCAUGGCAAUACAGUUUGCUGAGUGCUGCCUCUCCAAGAUUCUGGUCCUGAUGGUCUGUGAGUACUUCUUCCCCCUCAUCAUAAUCAUCUUUUUCACCACCAGGAUUAUGUGUGCUCUGUCCAAGCCCAGCCUCAUGCACCAGAGUCGGGAGAGGAGAAUGAGGGCUGUGCAACUUCUUAUCACUGUCCUCAUCAUCUUCAUGAUCUGUUUCACUCCUUUUCACGUGCGACAGGUAGCAAUCUCCAUCAACCCGGACAUGCCCCAUCGUGUCAGCCUCCUCGUCUACCAUGUGACAGUGACUCUGAGCAGCCUCAACAGCUGCAUGGACCCCAUUGUCUACUGCUUUGUCACCAAUAACUUCCAGUCAACCAUGAAAAACAUCUUCAGGAAAACCGAGUCAGAGCAAACCAGUGUGGACAUCCUGGGUAUGAACAAGAACUCCAAGGCACUGAGUGCCCCAGUUCACAUUCUGGGCAGUGGAGUCCAUGGAGAGCUAUUCAGGUCAUGGAAAAAAAGACCUUCCGCUUGA